AUGCCAGAGAAAGAUAUGAUGGCGGAUAACAGGCCUAACAGGAAAAAUAGCUCCGACGACGGAGGUGAUACUUGUGCUGUUUUGAUGUUUAAAAUCUAGUUAACACAUAAAAACUGUUAAAUAUUAUAUUGAUGUGCUACCCAUUUGCUUAAAAGAAGCUCGUCCUACAAAUAGACGUUUUGUGAUCUUCAACGAGAGAACUACAUGUUAGCUUUAGCUGGCUACUGCUAGUAUCAUUAACGCUGGAUUAAGGCUACAAAUAAUGUUACUUAAAGUGUGUUAAUGAGGCUACAAACCAUGAGCGAAGAGAAUUACUGAUCAUUUACAUGAGUUGGGGUAACGGUAGUCUUUUGUUAUUUGCUUAGUUAAGCUAAAAAUUUGCUAAGCUAACUUAGCACAGGUUGUUCCAAGGUAAACCUCUUGAUGCAAGAGGAAUUGGAGACGCAAUUAAAUUAUUUUAUGAUUUAUUGAUGGCUAGAUAAAAUAAUAAAAUAAGCAACUGCGUUCAGCUUUGAAUGCUGUUGGCUUUAUUUUGUCAUUUUUAUUUGGCUCGUGUUAAAUGCCAGAUAAAAAUGUGUCUUAAUUAAAAUCACACAAUCAGUUAUCUGUAUGGUUUGUAUCGGAUUGAAACCACUAUGAAUUUUUGUUUUAAGGUAACCAUGCAUCGAUAGUAAUAGUAGUAUGUUAAAUAUAAUAAUUAGCUUUUUAAAGAAUAUGCUCUGUUUAUGCUGCAUUAUAGUAGUGAUAUUCAUGUGCAUUAUUUUUCACAAAUCCUGAAUAUACCUUUUAAUAUAAUUUUUCAUAUUUGAUCAUUGUUUUGUUUCCCCCCACCCCCAACACAUCAAAAACCAUUUACUGAGUUAGGGGAAAAGGCAUUGAAAUAAUCUGCCUACACUGCCUACUAUGUAGUGUAGGUAGUCACUACAUUGUGAUUACCUUGAUAUAAAGUAGAAAGGCUGCAUGAUCAAGUUUAAAGGCAUUUUAAAUAUGUUUUUAAGAAACUAACCUUUUAUUCUAGAAUAAUUUGACUAGCACUGUCACUGUUAAGAUGGCAGCUGCAGUGACUUCAGUGUAUCAAUUCAUGUUUUCUUCUAGUUUGUAAUAUCUGCAGAUUUACUAGUGUUAUCCUUGGCUUCAUAUGUGGUGUAUAAACUAUCAGCUACUGCCAUUAACUGUGACGUUCAUGAAUAAGACUUGUAAUCUGAAUUCUAAGCAAAUAAGAACCUUAAAUUGUAGCUUUGAACACUCCCCGGUCCCACAAAGCAGUUGUUCACCUUGCACUGGGGGGGGAGAUGGCACUGCUGUCAAACGCACAUCUCAGCAUCUUAACCCUGAAGACGAGGACGAGUCCUCAGCAGACCAACCAGCACCAUGCAAAACCUCCAAAAUUGGCUUCAGCAUGGGCAGUAAAAUGGCAAAGAAAUCAAACCCUAUUUCUAUCAAACUAGGAGCAACGAAACCCAAGGAGGUAGUGCCACCACUUCCUCCAAAAAAGCUGGUGUCAGUUUUUGACGAAGAUGAUGAUAGCGAACCAGAAGAAAUGCCCCCAGAAGCAAAGAUGAGGAUGAAGAACAUUGGGAGGGAGACCCCAACAUCUGCAGGCCCCAACUCCUUCAACAAGGGCAAGCAGGGCUUCUCUGAUAAUCAGAAACUCUGGGAGAGGAAGCUGAAGGCCCAAUCUGACAAGUAGUAAAUCACUGCCACAAAGUUCUGUCACUAAAUGACAUUUUUAUACUUGUUAACGUUGUGAGAUAUCUACGAAGGCUCUCAUUUUUGUCGCUGUAGCCUCGGUUUGUACAACUCGGCGCACAGUAGUGAAGGCUACUUUCAGUCUUCCACCUUGUGUUUACGCUUCUAACCACAGCUGGUUGAUCUUAACUCAAGAGGAGAAAUUUUGCCAGGUGCUUCUUGUCUCCAGAGAAGUGGAGUGGUAAUGACGAAGGGAGAAGUUGGCCAGAAAAUAAUUUUACUUUUUUUCUUCGCUACGUCUUGCUUUUGUUUUGUUGGCUAAUUGGAUGAUUGGGAUAGUUCCUGCCCUCUUGCUGUUACCGUUUUUUGUUCCCUCCUCCAUGCGCUGGUUUGGUUUAAUCCUAAUAAGCACGUUGUUUGUCUGAUGUUUGUAUAAAAAUGUACAUAGUGACAGUGUUUUAUUUUUUAAUCCACAAACUAGACGGUGGGUUAAAUUAAGUGUAGGUUUUUAUUUUCUUUUUGUUUUGUUUUCAGAUUAAAUUCUUUUUUGAAUUUAGAUUUUCACUUUUGCUGCACAGCCCUUUGCUUUUACCAGCUCCCUCACCAAUGAGAACACUUUUUCUUAUUUUUUCAUUUCUGCCUCAUUCAGCCCAUCAAACAUGCAGCCGAAAUCCAGUUUGUCGCGCUUGCAGUAAAUGUUCUGUGUUGUCAAAUAUUUAAACAUCGAAUCGUAACCAUACACACUGUCUUGGUUGCACUUUUGUUAAAAUUAGGUACUUCCCCAAACUAUUUUCCUUUUGAAUUUAAUAUCAUAACUCACCAACAUGUUUUGUGUCUUAAACUCUUUUCCCACUAUCCAAAAUGUAUAGUUUUUGAUUUUUCUGUGAAUUACGCAGCCAUUCGUUCUGACAUCUCCGAAUAAAAUAUAUCAACUCCUA